UUGUUGACAUAGACAUUGUGUUUCUUCAACCUCAUCUAAGUAAAGCAAACACCACCCUGAAAGCUUCAACUAAGGAUCGUUUUGGUGCAUACACAAGUAAAGAUGACAAAGUGAAGACUGAAAGUUACUAAGAGUGAGAGAGAGAGAGAACUGUUUUUUGUUAAAUUAGAGGCAAGAGCUGAAGGUGAUUUGAAGAGGCUAAUAAGCUUAACAAAUGAUGGCAGAAAACCCCAACUGGUGGAGCUUGAACGACAUGCGUCCACAAUACCUGCCGCGUUCUAGUUUCUUAUCACCUUCUCCUCCUGUUUUCCCUUCUCAAUAUGUCUCUGGAUCUUCUUCACUGCCUCUGAACUCUUUGGCCGAUCAUGAUACCCAGAAUUUUCCCCAGUCGUGGAGCCAACUGCUUCUUGGUGGAUUGGCCAGUGAGGAAGAUGGGUUUGGUACGAGUCCUUUUCGACAUUUGAAGUUGGAAAAUUGGGAAGAUCACAUCAUGAAUCCACCUAUAAGGGUUCCUGUUGUUGAUGUGAAACGAGAGGCCGCCCGAAGUAGCCAACUAUACGGUCAUAAAGAUGAUGAAUUUCAAGCUUCUAGACAUUCUUGGUCAUCUAAAGUCAUGCCAGUUUCAUCCCCGAGGUCUUGUAUAACAAGUUCAAACAGUAACGUUUUGGAUUUCUCUAGUAAGAAGGCAGAUGGGAAGUCCAGGAAUCAACAUCCAGAUCAUUCAUCUGAGUGUAACAGCACAGUUCUUGGUGGAUUAUCUAAGAAGGCUAGGGUCCAAACCUCUUCAGCCCAACCAUCUCUAAAGGUGAGAAAGGAGAAGCUUGGUGAUAGAAUAACGGCCCUUCACCAACUUGUAUCCCCAUUUGGAAAGACUGACACUGCUUCUGUCUUGUUAGAAGCUAUUGGGUAUAUCAGAUUCCUUCAGGGUCAAAUUGAGGCACUUAGCUCCCCGUACUUGGGCACUGUAUCAGGAAGCAUGAGGCACCAGCAGUCUUUCUUGAACGACAAUUGCUUGAAAAGAAGAGGAGCGUCUGUGCUGGAUGAUGGGGAUCGACCCAAGGACUUAAGGAGUAGAGGGUUGUGCUUGAUUCCUGUGUCUUGCACACAUCAUGUUAUCAUUGGAGGCGAUAUCGGAGCUGAUUACUGGGCUUCAGCUCUUGGCGGGGGAUUUUGAAAAGGGGAUUCUUUGGCUGCUGGAUGAUGAAGCUUUCAUGGAAUGAUAUAACAUCACGAGCAGUCAUUCUGCUAGUUUCUGCUAGUUUAAGGUUGACUGCUCAUGAAGCUAUGCAUUCUAGGAAGUGAUCAAGAACAUAACUGAGCUAGCAUAAUCGUACAUGUAUACGAUGAGAAGCUAGUCUAUCUGUAAUUUAUAUAAAACUGAAGUUCAAUUAGCUCCAUUGAUCAUCUAAAUUACUACUGAUUGCAGCCCUAGCUUCUUCUUUUGUCCAUGAAGGAAGAAGCAAUAGGUCAUAUUUAGCUUAGGACAAGCUUGAAAAAAACUCAAAUUAAGUUUAACUUCAAUGACUACUAUGUAGUACCACGUGUAAUGAUUUAAUAUUCUAGUCACACUCUCAAUCU